GUUAGGGCAUCAGGCUUUGUUCAUACCUUCAGCGAUAAGCUGUUCACUGCCAACAGCCUUGCCUAGUCCUUUCUUGGCACUACCGACAGCAGAGUGGAAAGUAUCGGAGAUCCCAGUCAUGAUGAUAGCAAGUUAUACAAGUGCUAUAUUUUUGUUAUAAUCGUUGUGCCUGUUUUGUUGUUAUGAGAGAGGAUGUUGGCUGACUUGAUGGUUAAGAAGACCAAAAGAACAGCCUUUUAUAGCCAAGAGUGCCUCUAUAACUUGAUACCGCUCUUUUUCAUAUCGGUCUGCGUGGUUUCUUUUUCAACCAAAUAUUCAAGGGUGACCCAACCCGCGAUUCAAAGGAAAGUGUUUCAGGAUCAAACCUCUAUAUCGUUAACUAGGCUGGAUAGGAUUCUACUUCUGACUGUGUUUUACAAGUUCUUAUUUUAUUUUUUGACUAGACAGAAAAGAAGAUGAAUAUAAUUAAUGUUGUAGGCCUCGUUUCUACAAAGUCAUUG